AUGGUUCCGAGAGCGCCUUCACGCGAGGCUUUGGCAUUGCUCAAGCACUCAAUCAAACCAUCAAUAGCGAUCCGAUCGCAAACACGCUGCCUCUUCUCUUCCACUUCUCGCCCUACGACACUCUCACACUUGCGGUCCCACGAGCCAUACCAAAUCAGUAGAAACGCAGCUACUUUCUCGCAUUCACACCAUGCCGAGGCCGUCUCCAUCAUCCCCACAACUGUCGACACGAGUAAUGCGGACUUCAAGGAAAACAAGCGUCAGAUGGAUGAAGCAACGGAGAACCUGGUUAAUUUGCACACCAAGAUCGCUCAGGGUGGACCACAAAAAGCGAGAGACAAACACAUACAACGAGGAAAAAUGUUGGUCAGGGACAGGAUCACGGCAUUGAUUGACCCUGGCACACCUUUCCUCGAAUUGAGCCAAAUGGCAGGCUACGACAUGUACGGCGAAGAUGACGUCCCUGCAGGUGGCAUUGUCACAGGAAUCGGUACAGUCAAUGGUGUGCAGUGUAUGGUGGUCGCAAACGAUGCCACUGUCAAGGGAGGCACAUACUACCCGGUCACAGUGAAGAAGCAUCUGCGGGCUCAAACCAUUGCACAAGAAAACAGACUACCAUGCAUCUACCUUGUCGACUCUGGAGGUGCCAACCUACCGAACCAAGCAGAUGUGUUCCCAGACGUCAACCACUUUGGUCGCAUAUUUUACAACCAAGCGCGCAUGUCUAGCAUGGGCAUUCCGCAGAUCAGUGUCGUCAUGGGUCCGUGUACAGCAGGCGGUGCAUACGUACCCAGUAUGAGCGACGAGAACAUUAUCGUAGAGAAUCAAGGACACAUCUUCCUCGCCGGUCCACCGCUAGUCAAGGCAGCGACUGGUGAGGUAGUGUCGGCCGAAGAUCUUGGUGGAGGCAAGCUUCAUAGCGAGAUUUCAGGAGUCACAGAUUAUCUGGCAGUUGACGACGCACACGCACUUGUUCUUGCACGCCGAAGUGUUGGGAACCUGAACUGGCAUCGCAAUCAGACAAUGACGCCACAACCGAGUUUCCAAGAGCCGCUAUAUGAUCCUCAGGAGCUAUCGGGCAUUGUAGGCACAAACCUGCGCCGGCAGAUCGCCAUUCACGAGGUCAUUGCCAGGAUCGUCGAUGGAUCCUCGUUUGACGAGUUCAAGCCCUUGUACGGCUCAACGCUUGUGACUGGAUUCGCAGAAAUCUAUGGACACAAGGUCGGUAUCGUGGCCAACAAUGGCAUUCUCUUCAGCGAGAGCUCAUUGAAGGGCGCACAUUUCGUCCAAUUAUGCGGAAAGCGACACAUUCCGCUCAUUUUCUUGCAGAACAUUUCGGGUUUCAUGGUCGGCCAAGAUGCGGAAAAGGGCGGUAUCGCGAAAAAUGGAGCCAAGUUGGUGACGGCAGUGAGCUGCGUUGACGUACCCAAGUUCACAGUCGUGGUUGGAUCCAGUGCUGGUGCAGGCAACUAUGGCAUGUGUGGCCGCGCAUACUCUCCACGUCUGCUCUUCACGUGGCCUAAUGCCAAAACAUCAGUCAUGGGCGCUGAACAACUGUCGUCUGUCAUGGAAGCUGUGGGUAAGAAAGUGGAUCCUGCGCUCAAGGCACGGAUAGAGCACGAGAGUGAAGCGACGUUUGGCUCGGCAAGACUAUGGGAUGACGGCAUCAUCCCGCCUGAGCACACGAGGAGAGUGCUUGGAAUGGGGUUGCAGAUGGCGUGUGGUGGACAAAACAAGGGAGUCGAUCGUGAAAGCACGUGGGGAGUGUUCAGGAUGUAGGAACAGCAGUAUGAGAUGAGAACCACAAUAAAAACGCGCGUCUAUG